AACACAUUUUUGGACAGUGGCGUAGAAGAGUAAGAUUAUGGUGUUUGGAUGGUUGUGUAGCCAACCGGAAAUAGAAUCACGGCCUCCAUCAAGAACAGACGCCCCAAGAACAGAGCCUCAAUCGUCCCAGCCCCCACAUGUGACGAUUCCAGAGGUCAGUGAUUUUACCAAGGGCGAAGACAAUACGGGUCAGUGUUUGGCAACGGUGAUUAGCAAUAUUUGCACCUUUUGCUUCGGCAUCGCCAUUGGCUGGUCGGCCCCAUCCAAGGCGUUGGUUUUGGACCACAGCGCGUACAGCUUCACGCCCUCGAAGCAGGAGUGGAAAUGGGUGUGCGCCCUGCUGACCCUGGGGGCGGCGAGCUGGAGCAUUCCGAUGGGACUGCUGAUGAAGAGCAUGGGCUGCAAGAAGGUGAUGAUCCUGCAGCUGGUGCCCAUUGGCCUGGGCUGGAGCAUGCUGAUCUUCGCCAAGAAUGUUAGCAUGCUCUACGCGGGACGCUUCAUGCAGGGAAUGUGCGGUGGUGCGCUCUGCGUGGUAGUGCCAGUCUACACUGUCGAGAUCAGUCAAGUCCGACAUCGGGGGGCGCUUGUCUCCGUUUUCCACGGGGCCUUCAUUCUGGGCGUGAUUUACAGCUCCGCAAUAGGCAGACUCCUGGACCUGUGGAUCAUCAACAUCGUCAACCUGGUGCUGCUGCUCCUCUGUUUGCUGCAGUUCCUGAUCCCCGAGUCGCCAUCCUACUACUGGGCGCGCGGCAACUAUUCUCGGGCCAAUGAGAGCUUGCACUGGCUGCGGGGCAAAUAUUACGACACCAGGAAGGAGAUGCGGCAACUGAUGCUCGAGGGAACGAGAAGCGAACUAGCACUCCAGCAGAACAUUAUGCUCGGAUUCAAGCGCAGAAAGACGAGGCGCAGCUUGUGCCGGGCCUCGUCUUUGACCAUCAUGCAGACACUCAGCGGGUCCACGGUCUUUGUCUUCUACUCGACCCACAUCCUGGUCAGCAUGCACCUGAGCUACGAGAGCGCUGCUGCCCUGGCAGUGGCCGAGAUAUUCGGCUUUCUGGUCUGCUUCAUGCUAGUAGACCUGGCCGGUCGUCGGCCGCUGUUGAUUAUCACCUCGCUCGUCACCUUCGUCUGCACAUUGUACACGGGGCUCUGCUUCAAGCUGAAGCUGAUAACCGACCAUGAGAACAGCGUUCCAUGGGCAUCCCUGGUUUCCAUGUCCUUGUGCGCGGCCACCUACACCGCUGGUCUGGGCCCGCUGACUUGGCUGAUCAAUGUGGAGCUCUUCGUGAAGCCAAUGCGUCCCCUGGGAUGCUCCUUGAGUGUCACCUUGAACUGGCUGACGGCAUUCGUUGUGGUCAUAUGGUAUGGAUCUGGCCACGAACAACGACUGGCCAAGCCGGGAGUCUUCUUUCUGAUGGCCACAGUCUCGCUGAUAGUGUGCAUAUAUGGUAUAAUAUUUUUACCCGAAACCAAAGAUCUGACGCCUCAAAAGAUCCAGCAGAAGCUAGGGGGCUUUAUGAACACGACAAACGUGGCAUCAAUCGACGAUUCCAGCAGCGACGAUUCUGACGACUGAGCGAUAUUUUUCCAUUAAAUACUUAAAUACUCUUGAAAUUUA